CAGCAAGCAGAGAUCACAGCGGCACCGCGGAGCGCGCGAGCGAGUUGGACUUGAGGUGAAGCAGCCGAACGGAGUUUGACCCGGUUAGGAACCGAACACGAUACAGGCGGUAAAUAAGAAAAACAACGGAACCCGGAGAAACAGCGAGUUCUGGAGGCUGGAGUAACUCUGUCCGAGGAGAAGAAAGGAAGGAGCCGUUUGAAUUAAAGGUGCCGACCUCUCAUCAUGCAGCACUACGGGGUGAACGGCUACUCUCUGCACGCCAUGAACUCCCUGAGCGCCAUGUACAACCUGCACCAGCAGGCCGCUCAACAGGCGCAGCACGCGCCCGACUACCGGCCCUCCGUGCACGCGCUCACACUGGCCGAAAGACUAGCUGACAUCAUCUUGGAGGCUCGCUACGGCUCACAGCACCGCAAACAGCGCCGGAGCCGCACAGCUUUCACCGCUCAGCAGCUGGAGGCUCUGGAGAAGACGUUCCAGAAGACCCACUACCCGGACGUGGUGAUGAGGGAGCGCCUUGCCAUGUGCACCAACCUGCCAGAGGCCCGGGUGCAGGUUUGGUUCAAAAACCGCAGAGCAAAGUUCCGGAAGAAGCAGCGCAGCCUGCAGAAGGAGCAGCUUCAGAAGCAGAAGGACGUGUCCGGGGAAGGAGGAAGCGAGAAGGAGGAAGCUCCUCCUUCUGCCACCAUCCUUCCUGACACUCCGCUCCCUCCAUCAUCUUCCUCUCCCUCCUCCUCCUCUCUGGAAACAGACCUUCCUCUGGUCCGCCACGUUCCUCUUGACAUGGAGCUGAACGUGACCUCAGCAGAGCAUUCGGGCAGCGACUCGGCAACAGAGGACAACGCCACCGAUAAGGAGGACGAGACUAAAUCUGUCAGAGAGGAGAUGAAGUGCGAGACCCCGGGUGAUCCCUCCGCAGGUUGCAAAAGGCUCAGCCCCAAGCCGGAUUCCCCUCUGGUCUCUCCGUCCAUAACGCCCUCCUCGUCCUCCGGCGGCCUGGCUGCCGCAGCUCCUCUCUCUCAGAGCCACUCUUACUCGUCCUCCCCCCUCAGCCUGUUUCGCCUCCAGGAGCAGUUUCGUCAGCACAUGGCCGCCACCAACAACCUGGUGCCCUACCCGGCAGCUUUUGACCUCACCGCCCCGUCCUCACUCCCUUACCUGGGAGUGAACGUGAACAUGCCCCCUGCGCCCCUGGGCUCCCUGCCCUGCCAGUCCUACUACCAGUCUCUGUCCCAUCACGCCCAGCAGGUGUGGAGCAGCCCCCUGCUGCAGGCCUCAGCUGCAGGAGGACUCAGCAGCCACAACAGCAAAACCACCAGCAUCGAGAACCUGCGUCUGAGGGCCAAGCAGCACGCCGCCUCGCUGGGACUGGACACGCUGUCCAACUGACGCUUUGGAGGGCGGUGUGUAUCAGGCGAGAAGCUCCACCUGCACCACAACUACACAUCCCAUUGUAUGUCUGUGUGACCGUUAUAGAUUUCUAGCACCCAUGCAGAGCUCCAGUAAGCCUGCCAGGAGGGUUCAGACCGAGGAAGAUCAAACCUAAAACGGGUCAUUUGGGAUUUUUAGAACUGAGCUUUUGUUAAAAUGACAUAAGCAGUUAAUAUCCUUCUAGCAGAGGAUAACUCUUUAGAAGACAUGCACCAAUCAGUCGGUCAGAGUUGGGAAUUGGCUAAGUUUCUCUUGACUAGCUCUGAUCAGUGUUUGAUAUAUAUAAAAAUAUGAAAACUAAGAAUUGUUUUGGCCUUAAACUGCUUGAAUGCACAACAUGUACAUUUAACCUGUGUUUUGUCUUAAAUUCAUCUGAGUUUCAAGGUAAAAGUAGUUUUUAGGAGAAAAAGUUGGAAUCAGUUGAAAUCAGCACUUGCAUGUCAGACUUAAAAGAAAACCAGAAAUCAAUACCAGUCAGAAAGAGGCUUUUCCCUGCAGCUCUGCUCUCUGUUGUACAAAUCCAGAUUAUCUGAAGCCAACAGUUAUUCAAGCAGAGCCCAGUCCUUUAUGAAAACACACGUUUGAACCUUCAAACAAUUCUCAUGUGUUUUAAGCUGUUAUUCAUACAGAAUAAUGAUCCCAUGGAAAUAAUCAAUUAAUGAUGAAUUAAUUAUUUACAUGGAAAGUGGAGGGAGGAAGUUUCUCAUGUGUGUGAAACUCAUAGUGAGAACAGAAGAUGUAAAGCAGAAUAGCCACCCAACAGGAAGGUAAGACAGAACUUGCAAAAUCCAUUAAAUAGAUUUUCCUUAAUUUUUGCUUUUGAAGUUGUUUUUCGUUCAUUUUAGAUGGCCACUCUGAGCAGGAAAUGCUUUACAUGUUUAGCAUGUGUCUCAGGGGGUCAUUAUUGGCAGCGCACCGCCUCCAGCCUCGUCCUCCAGCGUAAUCAUGAUCAGCUUUAAUGUAAACAACAGCACAAAGCAGACAAGAUUACGGCUUAAAGGUUAAAGAGAUUAUUUCUUAUUAUCUGAGAAACUGUGUUAUGUUUCAUUAAAUAGUUGCAUUUUAAAUGAUUCUUUUAAAGUAAUUAAACAAUUAAAUAAAAUAGAACAAUAACUGUAUAGGUGUUUUUUUUCCUUUUCUUCAGCUUUAGUGAACUUAAAUUAAAUUAACAUUUAAAUAAGAUUUAAAACGUUCAUUAUAAUAAGACUUGCAUCUUAUUAUAACCAAAAUAUGGCUUUAGUAAUGUUGUAUUAGUAGAACAGCAACACCUCGGGAUUUUAAGAUGUUUUAAGAAGAAACGGUGAGAAGACGGAGAGUCAUAGUGAGUCCCUUUAUGACUUCUAACAAGCUGUGAACUGUCAGAGGAGCUCAUUUUUAUAACAUUUUUGUUUUAGCAAGAUAUUAUGUUAUAACAAAAAUCUUUUGCAACUAACUGUAAUGAGAAAGUUUCUCAUUUUAACGAGAAGCUUAAAUAUUUUGAUAAAGCGGAGCUUUUGAUCUAGAUAUUUUCAUUGCAAAAUAUUUCAGAUUUCAUGAAACACAUAAAUCCCAUUAAAUGUCACUGUCUCCAAUUUGCAACAUAUUUAGCUUUUCCAACAAAAGACAAAAGAUUGUGAUCAGGGUUGUCUUUAGGCUGCUGAGCUCUGCUUUCACCGCGCCUCCUGACAGGCUAGCCGUUAGCUUCAGCCUCCAGUACCAACUAAUCUGGAUGUUUGCUAAAUUUAGAUGAUCUAUGUUGCACAAAUUAACAUCAAAUGUCAUUUAUUUAUGGAAUUUAAACUCAGUAAACUACAGGAAAGAUAUUAACUGCUUCUUACCCUCACUUCAAAAUCCCAAACUGUCCCCUUUGGAGAGAUGUUCAUGUCUUCACACCUUCUGCUGCAACCUGCCAUCCAAAAGUAAAUUAUCUGUAAAAAUACCAACAAUAACACAACUUGUAUAAUAUUGAACAUGCUGCACUAAGGGGCAACAGUCCACGUGACUAGAAACACAUUUCACACUGACUUAUGAUGUGAAAUGUAAAUAUUCUGAACAAUUCUGAAAAGGACGUAAACAACUGAUGGGGAAUGCGCUCUGUUUCUGUGACAUUGUCUAGAAGAAUACUGUGAAUAAGUAAAAGCACUUUGGAAGAUACGGUAAAUCAAUAGUGACAAAAAUGAUCUGCAAAGUGGCUGUGCACAAGUCCUGUAUGGCUCAACACGGUGAUGGCAUCUAAACCCGCAGCACUGCUCAGAGCGACUCAUCUGCCAGUUAAAUGUGCGGCGAUGUGCUGCUCUCUGCAGACGCUGGCCUGAUAAUGAGAAAAUUAUUUCAGUGACUAAAUUUUAAGAGCUUUUAAUUACACUUGGCCCAGGGCUGAGGGAGCUGGGGCAAAUGCAAUUAUAAGCAUGCAUACCAUUCUAAGCAGCUCACACUCUGGAAACCUCCAACAUGAUUUUUGCCAUGACUUCAGUGAUAUCCUGUGUAAAGAGAAAGAAGGAAAAACUCUCCUCCCCCUCAUAUUGUGUUGAAGCCACUCUGACUGUAAGGACUUGAUCAGGCCUCUCAUGGCUUUCUUCCACUUUCAGUUCAUGUGUGCUGCAAGAUCUUUUCUUCAAAUGUAAAAAAAAAGAAAGAAAAAAAAAGCACAUUAUUUUUUAAAUAUGAUAUACAUAAAAGGUCUAUCUAUUAAUGUUUACUUGUAAGGUAAUGUAAAGCUCCUUAUCAUGAUGUAUAACUGAUGGUGGACGUCGGCUGCCAGCUUUUAAGGUGAUAUUUGCUGAAAGUCAUUCAGACACUACACACAUCUUUACUUCUGGGAAUCACAAUGAACAAACACGAUGUUCGUGUGCAAUGGGUCUGGACUGAAAAGUAGCAAAAAAAACCCCAAAACAUAAUUAUGAAUAAGAUUUCAUAGCAUAAAUAAGUCAUCCUCCAUUGUGUCACCCUGUAUGGACUCUGUCUGGGUUCUGUUGUCGUUUUUAUGCUGUCCUCCCACCGUUCUGUCCAUCCUGCUGGUUUAAGUGAUGAAUCGAUUUCUGAUGGAGGAGAAAAGAAGGACAGGAUAUCUGCAUAGAUGUUUCUAUUGCUUCCCCAAAUAAUGUAGACUUGAACUAGUGUCAUUGUAAAGUAACUGCAAAUAAAAGCUUUGCUUGAUCUGUA